AUGACUCGCAGCCGCAGAUCUGGCCGUGUCAAGGGUGCCAGAACAGUGUACACUGAGGAUCCAUUUGUUGCUGCUGGAAUCAGUGACGAAUCAGGCUCUGAGUUGACUGAGAAAGGACCCCGAAGCAAGACUAAAAGGGUGAAACGAGAGGAUUCUGCGUCGGACUCUGAAUUCGAUGCAGGCUCAGAUCCAGACGUCGCCGAGCCAGAGGAAGAUGAGGAUGACGAGGGCUCUGUAGACGAGGAAGAGAAUGCACAAGAUUCUGAUACUGGAUCUCGUGGGGAUGGAGGUGACCUCAUGGAUGUUGAUGAAAUCAAAGCCAUGCCCAAGAAGAAAAGGGUUGCGCCCUCUCAAAUACCAAAAGAGAAGAUACCGACGGCCUAUGGGAUCAAUACACCAUCGGUGGAGGAGACGCAUACUCGGGGCAUCUUAGACUCGCGAGACCACGUUUCAAAGUUCAUGUCAUACAACUUGACUUUUGGUUCUGAUGACCGAGACCUAGGUGUCACAAUCCACAUACGAGGCCGAUGGCGUUGGGGCCGAGACUCUACAUUUCCAACUCGUGUUUCUUUGGAGACGACCGAAGGAGAAUCCGAUUCCCCAUAUGGUCCAACGUUGGGAAUCUCUCCAGAGGAUCUUGAGAAGGAACGAACUUUAGGCUGGAGCUGGUACUACGAUCAAGAGACAGGCGAAAAGUUUCGAAAACAGCAAAGAAUGAAUCUGAAAUCGAAAGUGCUGGAAACAAGACUCCGUUAUUUGCCGUCACCGAAGCCCAAAAGUCAUACUAUUCUCAUGGGACCAGCCAAUAAUCAAAAGUCUUUUCACCUUGGUUAUCAUGAGAGUAUGGAUUUCAGUCAGGCUUGGGGGACUAAACAAAAUGGAACCGCCAAGAUACGUGAGGGCUGGGUCGUCAACAUCGGGCAAAAGAUCCAAUGUAUGGCAUGGGCUCCCAACCAAGAGGGUGCAUCUCAAUAUCUAGCCGUGGCUGCACCAAUCACCGAUGAACAAAAGAAAAGCUACAAGGCCCACGAAAAUCCCCCAAUCUCCUCGUUCUUACCAUCACUUCCAUAUGGUGGAGCAAUUCAGAUUUGGGAAUUCAAAGGCAAAGAAGGAGGGACCCAAGGUAGUACUCUUGACAUGACUGUUGAACCACGACUUCGCCAUAUAUUCUGCUCGGAGUGGGGGGAUCUUCGGCGUAUGGCAUGGUGUCCCAUGGGACGAGAAAAGCGAGGUAAUGUCGACGAAGGUUUGAUAGACAUUGGUCUACUGGCUGGAGUCUGGGGAGAUGGAAGGGUGCGAGUGCUGGACAUCAAGCUACAGCAAGCCCACAAAGACUCCAUUGGUCCCAAAUACAUUCUAGCGGAAAUAAUUUCCCCAGCAUUUGAGGCCAUGCCCAGCUCGACCGUUUGUACAUGCGUGGCGUGGCUCUCACCCAGCGACAUUGCAGUUGGCUGUGGAAAUGGUUUCGUGGCCAUUUACAGUAUUCUCCCUUGCUCCACCUCUGAACCUGAACCAUAUUUCUAUCGUUCAUUUCACGCAACCUACGUUUUGAAUAUCACAUCCAUAUAUCCAACACAUCCACACCUUCUUUCAACAAUAUCAGUGGAUGGUGAAACUCGCUUAUGGUCCAUGCUUGACCCCCAAAGUGAGACCACUAGCACAGUUCGAGUACGAUUAGCUUCAUCUCAUCUCAGCUUCUCGCCAGUCCUCCAGGGAGUCUGCUCCAGUGAUGAGCAUGAAUAUGGUCGACUCAUGCCCAUCAGACGAUUUUUUGCCACCGCCACAAUUUCAAAGAUCUUCAGUGCGGUUUCUGCUCUCGCUCCAUGCAGUUUCUGGCACCCCAGCCUUCUUUAUGGUGGGACAGGAGGUGAGGUAAUGGCGACAAAUCCUCUCCGUAAAAUCCUACACCCAAAAGAAACACAGUGGCAGCAACUAUGGUUUGUUCAUAGCUGGGUCUCCGGAUCCGAACCCGAUCACCCAGGCGUCAGCCGGUUCUACGAGGGAUUCAGUGCGGAAGGCACAGGCUCUAUGCGCAACGGAGAGCCCCGACCAAUGGGCCUCAGUCUCACCACGAUUUAUGAGGAAGGGACCCACGUCACAGCACUGGGAUGGAAUCCCAACCGCCAGUGUGCCGCCUGGGGCAGUGCCGCACUUGGUUGUGGCCUAUUGCGGGUUGAAGAUCUUGCCGUUGCAUGA